AUGACGUCACCAGGAUGUAAAUAGUCCGCAUCGAGGCCUGCUUGGUCUUUUUCCUCUCCCUUUUAGUGCGGGGCGGCAGGUUUGUUUUGUCUCUGGAAGAUUUAACACAAAAGCGGCAAAAUGAUCAUCUACAAGGAUAUCAUCUCGAAUGAUGAGCUGUUUACAGAUGUCUACCCAAUUACGGAGACUGCAAUCUUCUAUGAAGUUCAAGGAAAGCACAUCACCAUAGUUAACGGCGACAUUGACGGUUCCUUGAUCGGAGCUAAUGCGUCAGCUGAAGAACAGGACGAAGGUACAGAUAAGAGUUCCGUCUCUGGUAUUAACGUGGUCCUCCACAACAAGCUGGUGGAGACAUCGUAUGAUAAGAAGAGCUACAUCCCCUACAUCAAGGAGUACUUGAAGAAGAUCAGGGAAAAGCUGGAAAUUGACAACCCCGAGCGGGUGGACAAAUUCAUGGCGGAUGCCAGCGCCGAAGUCAAGAAGCUUAUCCCGGAGCUCAAAAACCUCCAGUUUUUCACAGGGGAGUCCAUGAACCCAGAGGGCAUGGUUGCCAUCCUGGACUACCGUGAGGAUCAAGUAACUCCUUACUUGCGCUUCUUCAAAGAUGGCCUGCUCGAAGAGAAAUGCUAACUACCAGGACUAACAUGCUUGCCAAUGCCCCCCCCUCGAGAGCAUCAUGUCUAAAGAGACAAUAUUCACAUCAUGGCCCACAAGUCAAACAUUAUUGGUCACACAAAAGUUUUUAAAAGCUUUUUUUUCCUUUGCUACUUUCAGUAUUUUUCUGCCUCAGGAUUAAUAACGGAAUAUGCUCAAAGCUUCAGGAUUUGGACUCUCUGGAUGUUUUAGCAAAGAUUUGAAAGGCUCAACGUUUGCCAUGCCAGUUGGAUUUAUGAUUGCAUUCAAAAUUCAAUUGACUUCUGGUUUCAUUUCAAAAUAAAGAUGACUACCACCA